AUGGCGUUCGCUUGGAAAGCCGCGGGCCUUACCUACAACCGAUACCUAGCCAUUGCCGCAAGAGUCGUCCGAAGAUCCCUGAAGGAGGGACCCAGACUACAAGCCGAAAGAAGAGGAGAGAUGGAUCUAAGAUUUGCAAAGUGGCAGGGCGGCAAACAAGGAGAGAACAAGAGCUUGGGUGCUGCCAAUGCUGAUGCUAUGGCCGAACACGCAACUGGCGAGGCCAAAUAA